AUGGUGAGGGACAAUAUGUCGAGUUCUCUCUGUGAAAACGAUGGUCCUGGAAAAUUCAUUGGGGAAGAGUUGAUCCCUAAGAAGGUUAGGUUCAGAGAAAAGGAGGAAGAACCGAGUAAUGAUAUGAUGAUCGAGCUGUCCUCAGAUCAACCUACUUCAUGGAGAGACAUGCUUGUCGGUCAAUCCUCAAAGAAUGGUUCUAAUGGUUUGGAUGAAAAGGAAGCUUUUGAUAUUUUGGAAGGAGACAUUCAGAGGACUGUUGUGAAUGGAGUGCCUUCUAUCACUUUCUCAGAACGGAUUCACCAAAUCUUUAUCCAAGGUAUGGAUAAUACUGUGAUUGUAAAACUUCUAGGCCGUAACAUUGGUUUUUCGGUUUUACAGAACAAAUUUUGCAGUAUGUGGAGACCAUCAGCACCUAUUCAUAUGAUGGACAUUGAAAAUGGCUAUUUUCUAGUCAAAUUCCAAAAUAAGAUGGAUUGUGAUAAGGUUCUCUCCGAAGGACUGUGGACUAUUUUUGGUCAGUAUUUGACCGUUCAGCCUUGGACAAUGGCUUUUGAUCCUACACAAGCUUUCCCAAGUGUUGUAAUGGCAUGGAUUAGAUUCCUUGCGUUACCUAGCUAUUUAUACAACCGCAAAAUAAUCACAGAAAUUAGAGAACUUGUGGGUAAGGUGGUUAAAUUAGAUAUGAAUACUGACAAUAGAACGCAGGGACGAUUUGCUAGAAUGGCGGUUUAUGUCAACCUGGAAGAGCCACUAGUGUCCCAAAUCUUGAUUAAUGGGCGAAUUCAAAAGGUAGAAUAUGAAUCUCUUUCUACUAUUUGUUUUCAUUGUGGAAGGUAUGGGCAUGUGGAAAACAUUUGUAGAGAUGAACGCUAA